AUGGCUGAGGCUGGUUUCUAUUCAGUUGCAACAGGCGAAGAUGAUGCUGAUGCUGCGAAGUGUUUCCUGUGUGGUAAAGAGUUGGAUGGGUGGGAAGCUAGUGACGACCCUUGGGCGGAACAUAAGAGCCACGCAGCGAAGUGCGCGUUUGUGCAAAUAGGCAAGAAAGAAGACGAUCUCUUGCUUUCAGAAUUUCUAUCAAUUGUAAAACAAUACAUGAUAAAUGAAACUAAACGGAUUUCAGAAGUAGCUAAAGAGCAGAUUGAUGAGAAAGCUAAACUUGUGAAGAGACGGUGCCUCGGAAGGAAGUGA